UGGGAAACACUGAUUCAAUCAUUGUAUCAGUUUAUUUAUAUCUGUAAUCGAUCAGAUCAAUAACGAUGAGUCUCUCUCAGGAAGGCGGAGCUCCCAGCGUCCUGCUGGUCGAGGCGUUUUACGGCGGCUCUCACAAACAGCUGAUCGACCUGCUGCAGUCUCACCUGAUUGGCUGCUCGGCCGUCACGCUGCCCGCCAAGAAAUGGCACUGGAGGGCGAGAACAGCGGCGCUGACCUUAAGCCAGACCAUCCCUACCUGCCCCUCCUACAGGGUGUUGUUCUGCAGCUCUGUUCUGAAUCUGUGUGAACUCGCUGCUCUGAGACCAGAUCUGACUCGUCUGAAGAAGGUUUUGUAUUUCCACGAGAACCAGUUGGUUUACCCGACCCGCAAAGACCAGGAGCGGGACUUCCAGUACGGAUACAACCAGGUGCUCUCAUGCCUGGUAGCAGAUGUGGUCGUCUUCAACUCAGCCUUCAACAUGAACUCCUUCCUGUCCUCCAUCUCCUCCUUCAUGAAGAAGAUCCCAGACCACCGGCCGAGAGACCUGGACCAGCUGAUCCGGCCCAAGUGUGUGGUCCUGUACUACCCGGUCCAGUUCCCCGAUGUCAGCAGUCUGCUGCCGAAACACAAACUCCUGCGACAGGCUGCAGAGCCGUCUCAUGUUGAUGACAUCAUCAGUCCACGACCUGAAGCGUCUCCAUCGGAUCCGUCCAGCUGUGACUCUGCAGAGAAACCGCUGCACAUCGUCUGGCCUCACCGCUGGGAGCAUGAUAAAAACCCGGAGCUGUUUUUUUCUUCUCUGCUGAAACUGAAAGAAAAAGGACUCAAGUUUCAUCUGUCAGUGCUGGGAGAGACUUUCACUGAUGUACCAGAGGUGUUCUCGGAGGCUCGCCGUCAGCUGGACGCUCACAUCCUGCACUGGGGCUUCCUGUCUGAUAAGAGCAGCUUCCUGUCGGCGCUGUGCGAGGCCGACGUGGUCGUCUCCACCGCCAAGCACGAGUUCUUCGGGGUCGCCAUGUUGGAGGCGGUUCACUGUGGAUGUUUCCCUCUCUGUCCCAACGCUUUGGUCUAUCCUGAAAUAUUCCCAGCAGAGUACUUGUACUCCACACCUGAGCAGCUCUGUAAGAAGCUGCAGCGACUCUGCAGGAGGCCCGACAUCGCCCGCAGACACGUCGUCAAGGUCGACACUUCCUCGUUCUCCUGGGACACCCUGAAGCCUCGUUACCAAGCUCUGCUGUCCGACGGUCCCUGAACGCAGCGUUGCCAAGCUCUGCUGUCCGACGGUCCCUGAACGCAGCGUUGCCAAGCUCUGCUGUCCGACGGUCCCUGAACGCAGCGUUGCCAAGCUCUGCUGUCCGACGGUCCCUGAACGCUUCGCAGGAACGAACUUCCGUAAAGUUUAAUAUCCUUAAAACAUGUAAAUAUGUAAUAUGUUUGUUUUUAUAAUAGUAAACAUAUGGAGG